GAAAUGUUAAGCCAAAGUGCAAUACAUUGAAUACAUUGGAAAUACAUUGGAAAACAUGUCUCUCUUUUGUUAUUGUUUUGUCAGUGAAUGCAUUGAAUACAUGAAUAUUGCAGUCAAUGAUUGAUUCAAUUCACGACACAUACACACAACACACGUGUAAUCGUAUCGUCGAUGACUUGUCCACCGAAAUAAUGGCCAAACAAAUGAACUGCAAGACUGUCAUCUGUAAAGUCAAUGGAAUCACUUUCUUGGAUUUAAACCAGCAUUCAAUCGACAAAUGCUAUUCGCAUAGUGAAGAUAAUGGUAUUACUGCUGUGGCCACACAUAACCGAUCGCCACCGCAAACAGGACUGACCAUCACUGAUGACAUAAAUAUUGACACAACAAAUCAAAACAAUAACACAAAUGUUGACAACGAUAGUGAAGAUAAGUUGAUGACAAAUACAACGUCAACAUCAAUAGUGCCAAAAGUGUCGACACGGAUAAGUCGAUCAGUGAAGAUGAUUAAGAAGAAAACCAUACCACCAGUGAAAGUGAGUAAAAUUGACAGCAGUAUAGAAAGUGUCCGGACAUACAUAAUGACCACAAGAAAACACGGAAAAGUAUGGCAUUCGUGUCAUUACCACCAACCAGACCGACCAUUGACUUGCACUUACGGUAGUAAAUGGUCGGGUGCUAUCGUCAAUCACAUCCGCAGUCAUUUGGGAAUAAAGCCAUUCAGAUGUGGUUAUUGUCAAAAGCCAUUUACGAUUGCCUGUAAUCUUAAAAAUCAUUUGCGUAUACAUCACGGCGUAAAGGCUAAGAUUAUUUUGAAACGCAUCGGUAAUAGGAACUCCUUUAAAGUUGUCAAUACUUAUCAACAAAAUACUAAACGACACGUCACCGAUCAGACCUAUUUUGAUGACUACAGCGACGAUAAUUCUAAAUUAAGAAUAUUUAAACCAAGUUUUAUGAAUGGAACCAAUGAUGACAAUCCGUACGCCACUACACCUACAAGUCAGAGAAGAGAUGUUCCUAAACGAACGGCCAAAAAGAAUCCACGAUAUGUUGAUUUUGAAGAAGAUUAUGACGACUACAUCGAUGACGAUGUUCAGGACAACGAAGAUGAAGAGAUUGAAGAACCGGAAACUCAUUUUAAUGAAGAAGAAGCUGAAGUAGAAAACACAAUGUUUUACGAGAGAACUAAUGAAGAUAAGACUGAAAAUGAUUGCUUUACAAAAUAUAUCACUAAAAGAAAAUAUAAUAAAAUCUUAUGGUAUGUCUGUCUUUGGAAUCCUCGUCAAUGCAAAUACCGAUCACACGAACAAAAGGAUGUAAUGACACACAUUCAGAAACAUCUGAAUAUUAGUCUAUUUACCUGCAAUUGGGAUCAAUGCAGCGCUAGUUUUGCUGACCAACAACAGCUAAUCAAUCAUCAAAUGUCACAUACAGGAGCCCCACAACUAUUAAAAUGUAAUUAUAAGAACUGUCAGUUCAAGGCAUUCAAUGAGAAGACACUUCGUUUGCAUAAAAAUCGUCACAAAACAAGCGUUUUAUAG